GCCCCCAACCAUACACAAGCUUUGCAUCCAAUAGCCCACCCACCAGCUGCGAAAUCUCCUCCAAACAACAACUGAACCGGACAAAGAAAGAAGGCCAAAAAGGGAGUCUCCUUUCCAAGUUCAAAAUUCGAAACGUCCCAAGAGAAACCGAAACCACCAUAAAAACCAGCAACCAACCGUCAUCGCCGCACAAGCGCACGCACUCCUCGCCGUGGACCAACUCCGAAGCCCCAUCCCGUCCCAACUCCCAAGAGCCGAACGCGAGCGGCGGCCGCCAUGGCGCGGUGCAGCAACGGCCUCCUGGGUCUCCUCAACGCGGGCGUGCUGGUCCUCGCCAUCGUCGCGCUGGGGGGCGGCGCCUGGCUCAGCCACCGCGCGUCCACCACCGACUGCGAGCGGUUCCUCGAGCGGCCCGUCAUCGCGCUGGGCGUGCUCCUCCUCGCGCUCUCCCUCGCGGGCCUGGCCGGCGCGCUCUGCCGUGCCUCCUGCCUCCUCUGGCUCUACCUCCUCGCGCUCUUCCUCCUCAUCCUGCUCCUCUUCGCAUUCACCGUCUUCGCGUUCGUCGUCACCAACCGCGGCGCCGGGUGGGUCGUCUCCGGCAGGGGGUACAAGGAGUACCGCCUCGGGGACUACUCCACCUGGCUGCAAAGGAGGGUGGAGAACUCGCAGAACUGGGCCAAGAUCCGCAGCUGCCUCCAGGACGGCAAGGUCUGCCAGAAGCUUGCGUCCAGAAAGGAGACGGCCGCCCAGUUCGUCAACAGCAACCUCUCCCCGAUCCAGCUAAUGAACCUAUCUCAUGUCCAGUCUGGAUGCUGCAAGCCACCAACGGGUUGCAACUUCACCUACCAGAGCGAAACUGUCUGGACCAAGCCCGCUGGUUUCAACACCACAACUGACGACCCUGACUGCACCACAUGGUCGAACGACCAGACCGUGCUCUGCUACGACUGCAUGGCCUGCAAGGCAGGCGUGCUGGCCAACCUGAAGAACGACUGGAAGAAGAUCGCCACCGUCAACAUCGUCUUCCUGAUCUUCCUCGUCGUCGUCUACUCCGUCGGGUGCUGCGCGUUCAGGAACAACCGGCAGGACAACUCGUACCCGGCCUGGAAAUGAGGUGCGCGUGGCAAUGUAUAGGUUGUUUAUGCUAUCAUGCUAUGUGAGUGACUGCGUUUCGGUGAGGAGGGGUUCGCUCCUUGGUGUCUAGCAACCUACCGUAUGUAUUAACUAUUAAUGUGUCCGGUUCAUGUCACUGGUCGAUGCUGUUUUGCCCUCGAACGCAUGAUGAUAGUGUCCCAAGGCUAUUAUCCAGAUAUAUGCCGAAAAAAAAUAUGCGUUUUCUGUGGGCGUGUA